AUGCACCAAAAUCAUUUGCCUCCCAAGCAGCAGUACCAUUCCAACAACUGCAGCAUGCACCAUAAUCAUUUACCUCUCAAGCAGCAGUUCCAUUCCAACAACUGCAGCAUGCACCAUAAUCAUUUACCCCUCAAUCCACAGUACCAUUCCAACAACUGCAGCAUGCACCAUAAUCAUUUACCCCUCAAUCCACAGUACCAUUCCAACAACUGUAGCAUGCACCAGAAUCAUUUGCCUCUCAAACAGCAGUACCAUUACAACAGCAGCAGCAUGCACCAGAAUCAUUUACCUCUCAAGCAGCCGUACCAUUCCAACAACUGCAGCAUGUACUGUAAGUAUUUACCUCUCAAGCAGCAGUACCAUUCUAAUAAUGGCAGUAUGAACCAGAAUUAUUUGCCUCUCAAGCAGCAGUACCAUCCCAACAACCGCAGUAUGCACCAGAAUCAUUUACUUGUCAAGCAGCAAUGCCAUUCCAACUGCAGUAUGCACUGCAAUCAUUUACCUUUCAAGCAGCAGUACCAUUCCAACAACUGCAGCAUGCACCAUAAUCAUUUACCUCUCAAGCAGCAGCUCCAUUCCAACAACUGCAGCAUGCACCAUAAUCAUUUACCUCUCAAGCAGCAGCAGUACCAUCCCAACAACUGCAGUAUGCACCAAAAUCAUUUACCUCUCAAGCAGCAGUACCAUUCCAACAACUGCAGCAUGCACUGUAAUCAUUUACCUUUCAAGCAGCAGUACCAUUCCAACAACUGCAGCAUGCACUGUAAUCAUUUACCUCUCAAGCAGCAGUACUAUAAUCAUUCACCUCUCAAGCAGCAAUAA